ACCUGCUACCUUCGAGCUGAAAAGUGGGGCAAGAGUUCCGCUAUGUCCUAUUAAGUAAAUAAAGUAGUAUAUGUGCAUCGACUAUCAGUGACACACCGACGCACACAUUCCACUUUAUUUACCUAACAAGACAUGGCGGAAUUCUUGCCUCACUUUUCGAAUGUAGCAGUCUAGUAACAUACAGAAGUCUGUGGUUGAAACCUUCGGUCCCUCCCAGUCUCGCACAAAACACGUGUCCUGGUAAGUCCCCUACCUAAGCUUUAGAACACUCGAUCACUCGCGACACGUCAGAACACGCUUUUCUAAAUUUAUCUCGAAAAUUGUCUUUGUAUCAAUAUCGAGCAAUAAUGAACGAGUUUCUUAUACAAACAAUGGAAAGAAGACGCAAAUCCCUCCAACUUGAAGCGAAGCCGCCCUCUGAGAACGCUGAAAGUAUGGAUAUUAGUAAGGAAUUUUUGGAAGUCGUAGCAUUGUCGUUUGAAGUAAAAGACCUGAGUGAAAACAACGUGUGUUCUGAAGGUGACCAAAUUAUUAGACGACUAAAGAGCUCAGUGGAUAAAUUGUUUGAUGUGGUCAAUACUCAAGCAGACGUAAAAUUUGACGACAUGGUAACUUUAGCGGUAGUUUCUUGUCAUUUUCAUGCAACAGACAUACAUGUUAAAAUGUGCAAUAUUCUUACAUUUAUUAUGCUCUUGUAAUUUUGUAGUCAACAAUAUUUUAUUAAGCCCACUUUACACGAUCUAUAAUUCGCAACAGAAUUCGAGACAGAA